AUGGAACAGUAUCAACGACGAUUUGAAGAUGCAUCACAAUCAAAAUCAUCCAUAAAUAGUAGUAUUAGCAGUAGUGAUGAAAGAAAUACUUGGACUAAUAAAGGAAUUUUUAAUGCGAAAAAUCAAUUGCCAAUUAGCGCAACAAAGGAAAUGAAUAACAAUAGAAACAGUAAAACAAUGUUAACUAAAAAUACAAUUACGCAGUUUAAAUUAGAAAGAAAUCGACGUGAAUUGAAAAGAUUAAGAAAUGCGAUUAAUUCACGAGAAUCUUUUCUCACACAGAAAAAAAGGAUACGAAAAAGAAAUAAGUUAAUUGAAGAGAAUUUGAUAUCUGUGUAUGAAGCUACCACCUCAAGUGCAUGCGAUCUUGUCAGAUCAUUACGCGCCACUCAUCAUUCUUUGAUGAAUGUAUCAUCGUCUGGUGUUCCUGACUAUACUGCAAUAUUAAAUCGAGCGGAAGAAGAAAUAAAAAAGCAGAUGGAGCGUAUACAAAAAUUAGGUGAUCAAAUGGAUGAAUUGAAACGCCAAAGAAACGGAAUUAUUGUGCACAAUAAUGACGAUGAUCUUGAUUAUGGAAAUGGAAAAGAGAAUGAAAAAGUCGACAUCAUCUGUAAUAAUGGUAUUCAGAAUGAAGAUAUGAAAAGAGAUAUGGAAAUUGAUGAUGACAGCAGCAGCUCGUUCAAUGUAGAUCAAAAUGCUAAUUUAGAAUCUCUGAGGAUUCAAUAUGACGACACAGCAUCAAAACUUAAUGAUUAUUACAUGGAAAUAGAUCAAAGAGAUAGUUAUCUUGACGAUUUGAUCUUGAAUAAGGUAAUGCAAUAUAUUCAGCAGAAACCUUGCGCCACAUCAAUAAAUUUGCCGCAGAAAUCAACAAGAGAAUUGCGUCCACGCGCAUCAACUUUUCCAACUCUUUCACCGAUUCCUGAAGAAGAUGAGGAAUCAUUGAUAAAAGAAUGA